AAUAAAUACAAUAAAACCAAAUAGACACUGAUUGAUACCACAAUAAAUUUUUUUUGUUUUGUUUUUCAAUUUCAAUCUGUUGCAAGUUUUUUUUGUCAAAAAAAAAAAAAAAAUGAAAAAUUUUCCACCAAUUUUAUUAUUAUUGACCUUGUCAUCAUCAUUAUUGAUUGGUAAUCAUUUUAUGGCCAAUGGUCAAUUGAUUAUCGAUGAAAAUGAUCCUAGUGGACAACGUAUCAUUCAUUUGUUGAUGGACACCAUUAAUGAUUAUCAACAUAAACAUAGUGAUAAUAAUCAUGAUUAUAAAUUAAAACGUUUAGUAUAUACAUUUGGUGAAUCACCAAAAUAUUCAGUUGAAUUGAUUGUCAUUGAUGAUCAAACAAAACAGACUUUAAUGUGUACGGUGGAAUUAUUUGAACAUGAAUCAUCUGACCAUAAAACAAUGUCAUAUACAACCGGUGCUGUUAAAUGCCAUCAUGAAUGAAUGAUCGGACAUCGGACAUGGAAUAUGGUCACAUUGUUUUUAUUGAUAAUUUUUGAAAUUUCAAAUGAAUAAAGUUUAAAAU